AUGCCCACACUUUCAGUGAAGCGUACAGUGUGUAGCCACCCCAGGGUGCGGGCUCAGGCAGAGGACAGGCUACUGAGGACUCUGUUCAGCCAUUACAACAAACUGGCACGCCCUGUGGCCAAUGUCUCUGAUGUGGUGCAUGUGCACUUUGGGUUGUCCAUUGCCCAGCUCAUUGAUGUGGAUGAGAAAAAUCAAAUGAUGAUCACCAAUGUCUGGGUGAAACAUGAGUGGAAUGACUACAAGCUCUGCUGGAAUCCAAAGGAAUACGAGAAUGUCACCUCCAUGCACAUCCCAUCCCAUCUAAUCUGGAGACCAGAUAUAGUUCUUUACAACAAUGCAGAUGGUGAUUUUUCCGUGACCCACCUGACCAAGGCCCACCUGUUCCACGACGGGCGCAUCAAGUGGGUUCCCCCGGCCAUCUACAAGUCCUCCUGCAGCAUCGACGUCACCUUCUUCCCUUUCGACCAGCAGAACUGCACCAUGAAGUUUGGCUCGUGGACCUACGACCGCUCCAAGAUCGACCUAAUCAGCAUGGCGGGCAAUGUGGACCAGAUGGACUACUGGGAAAGUGGCGAGUGGGUGCUGGUGGACGCCGUGGGCAACUACAACAUCAAGAAGUACGAGUGCUGCCACGAGGUCUACUCUGACAUCACCUAUUCCUUCAUCAUCCGAAGACUACCGCUGUUCUACACCAUUAAUCUGAUCGUGCCCUGUCUGCUGAUCUCCUGCCUGACUGUCCUGGUGUUCUAUCUGCCCUCUGACUGUGGAGAGAAGAUCACCCUGUGUAUCUCUGUGUUGCUGUCUCUCACCGUCUUCCUCUUGCUUAUUACCGAGAUCAUCCCGUCCACCUCGCUGGUCAUCUCGCUCAUCGGGGAGUACCUCCUCUUCACCAUGAUCUUUGUCACCCUUUCCAUCAGCAUCACCAUCUUCGUGCUCAACGUACACCACCGCUCGCCGCGCACGGACACCAUGCCCCGCUGGGUGCGCCGCGUCUUCCUGGACGUUGUCCCCGGCUUCCUGUUCAUCCGGCGGCCUGCCGCGGUCAAGGACAACAAGAAGAGGCUGGCGGAGGCCAUGCAGAAGAGGGCCAUGCUAUGGGGUGAGCUGGAGGCUGAGCUGGAGGUCCAGGAGAUCCUGGCCCGCUCCCCUUCUCUCUUCUUGGGCCGACCCAUGGAGGGUUCCCUGCCCCCCAAGCUUCCCCAGCAACAGCAGCAGCCCCUGGACAAGUCCAGCCAGUACUCCAUCCUCCCGGAGGAGCCGACCACCUCGUCCCAGCCAGGCUGCUCUCCUCUGUUCCUCCACCCUCUCUUCCCGCCCAUGGACAAGCACCACGCGGCCAGGCCCAAGAUGCGUUCCCUCAGCUUACAGUACGGCCUGGGUGAGAGGGAGCAGCCCCAGACCAGCAUCCGCUGUCGCUCGCGCAGCAUCCAGUACUGCUGCCUGCAUGAGGAGGUCUCCUCCAUGGGUAACGGCAUGCAGCGGCCUCUCUCUCAGCACCCGUCCCUGAUGGAGGAGAGGAAGCAGAGCUGCUCAGCUGUCUGCAAGUAUCACUCAGGCCUGGCCAAGGAAGCCAAAGCAAUGACCAAGGACCAGCGGCUCCUCGUCUUAUCCCCGUCCAUGAAGAUGGCCAUGGAAGGUGUGCAGUACAUCGCAGACCACCUCCGUUCGGAGGAUAUCGACUUCUCUGUGAAGCAGGAGUGGAAGUACGUGGCUAUGGUCCUAGACCGGAUCUUUCUGUGGUUGUUCAUCUUGGUGUGUCUCCUGGGGACCCUCGGACUCUUCGUCCCUCCCUGGCUGGCUGGAAUGAUAGACCUAUCUGUCUGACUCCAAACACUUCUGAAGCCAUUGACCCUAUGCACAUUCAAGUUGUACAACUGAUGAACAACUCACUUGCCACAAUUUUGUUCUGCACAACAUUAAUUACACAAGCAUUGUGGAGACACUGCACAAUGCUUGUGUAAACAUUUGUGUGCAGAAAAUAUCAGUUGUAAGGACAACCAUUGUGUCAAAUGCAUUGUAUAUCAGUUGUGCAGACCUGAGUGUGAACAGGGCCAUGGAGGAUGUGACCAAUGG